UGGCGAAGUUUGCGCUGCGGCUCGUGAGCGCAGGGUGCGGGCCCGGCCGGCCGCUGCGCGCCCGCUGCCAUGGCUUUCCGCAGGAGGACGAAAAGUUACCCGCUCUUCAGCCAGGAGUUCGUCAUCCACAACCAUGCGGACAUCGGCUUCUGCCUGGUGCUCUGCGUCCUCAUCGGGCUUAUGUUCGAGGUCACAGCCAAGACUGCCUUCCUUUUUAUUUUACCUCAGUACAAUGUUAGUGUGCCUACGGCAGACAGCGAGACUGUGCACUACCACUACGGCCCGAAGGACCUGGUCACAAUCUUGUUCUACAUCUUCAUCACCAUCAUCUUGCACGCUGUGGUUCAGGAGUACAUUUUAGAUAAAAUCAGCAAACGGCUUCAUCUCUCCAAGGUCAAACACAACAAGUUCAACGAAUCUGGACAGCUGGUCGUCUUUCAUCUCAGCUCGGUGAUAUGGUGCUUCUAUGUGGUGGUGACGGAAGGAUACCUAACAAACCCGAGAAGCCUCUGGGAAGACUACCCGCACGUGUACCUCCCCUUCCAGGUGAAGUUUUUCUACCUGUGCCAGCUGGCCUACUGGCUGCACGCACUCCCUGAGUUGUACUUCCAGAAGGUACGGAAGGAGGAAGUUCCCCGCCAGCUCCAGUACAUUUGCCUGUACCUGGUCCACAUAGCUGGAGCAUACCUCUUAAACCUCAGCCGCCUGGGCCUGAUCCUGCUGCUGCUGCAGUACUCGACCGAGUUCCUCUUCCACAUGGCUCGGCUCUUCUACUUUGCAGACGAAAACAACGAGAAGCUGUUUAACGCCUGGGCUGCUGUGUUUGGGGUUACCCGCCUCUUCAUCCUCACCCUCGCCGUGCUAGCCAUUGGCUUUGGACUGGCUCGCAUGGAAAACCAGGCGUUUGACCCCGAGAAGGGGAACUUCAACACCUUGCUUUGCAGGCUCUGCGUGCUGCUACUGGUGUGUGCUGCCCAGGCCUGGCUCAUGUGGCGCUUCAUCCACUCCCAGCUGCGCCACUGGCGAGAGUACUGGAACGAGCAGAGUGCCAAGCGGAGAGUGCCAGCUGCCCCCAGACUACCAGCCAGGCUCAUCAAGAGGGAAUCUGGGUACCAUGAAAACGGAGUGGUGAAAGCAGAGAACGGAACCUCCCCACGGACUAAGAAACUCAAGUCUCCCUAAGGCCAAAGUGCUGAGCACAGGCAUCCUCGUGGCGGGGGCCCAGCAGGGAGGCUCAGAGCCAGGCCCCUCCCUCUCUGCCUCUGCCUUCCUGCUUGCGACGCUCCUUCUCAAAUGGCAGAGACCUGUCUUUAAACGGGGCUGUUCUCCUUCUGACUUCUUGGCUUUCUCUUCUCACUCUUCGCAAACCCUUCUCAAUAAAGCCAAAAAUCUAUCUAUCUCCUUCUCUCCCUCAAGCCACCUCCUGUCUUCACCUCGGCCCCGUGUUGGGUUCUCCAGAAGCCUGGGUCUCAUGGUUGUCUUUCUGCCUCUUAUUUCUCUUCCUCUAUCACUGCUGCCUUCUCUUUCUACUUCUUUAUUUCACCUUCGCGUGCAAUUCUUCUCUGAUUUUUUACAAUGGGAGGGAGCUCAGAUGGUGGUCCUGUGCCUCCCAGCCCCCAGGACCUGUGAGUCUGGAAGCCUGGGGCCAGCAGCAGGCCCCCUGGUGGUCCUCGUGUGGACGGGCAAGAAGAGGAGAGGCCGGCCCUUUUGGAUCAUAAUCUCCUGGGUGCUGAUUAACUGAUGAGAUGUAUGAUUCCAAUUCUGCACGAGCCAUCGCGAGGCACAGCAGCCACUGCUGGUAGUAAAUGCCAAGGCCUUUUUGGCUUUGGGACGUGGCGACUCAAUCCAGAAGGAUGGUGUUGGCUCCGUUGGGUCCCCUGACUCACAAGAGUGGCUGGCGUUGGACUGGAUAACAGCCUGCCAUUGCAUCGCCGUGCGCGGCUCCCCAUUGUUCAGAGCAAGAGCAAAGCGCGCCGCCGACAGCGGCUCUUCCAGAAAGGGAGCGGCCUCCGAGAUGAGAGCACCGUCGCCCACGGCCUUUCUCCGGUAGUCCCGGCUGCAGUGGCUUCUUCACCAGCAUUCAAAACCAAACCAGACAGCUCUUCACAAACCUGCCUGUCCGGCACCAGGCUUGCUCCGUUGAUUUCAUCUCUUGACCUGCAGAAACACGAAGCCUCAAGGACUCCAGCCCGACGCCAGUCCCCUGGUGCCCCAGGGAGGGCCAGCUGGCCACUCUCCCUAUGGCCUCCCUUGUCGAGUGUUCCUUGAAUUGUUGUCACUUGUUGAUGUUUGUAGAGCACAUGUGCGGUGGCUGACUCUAGACCCGCUCUUCGGGGUGGAUGAGCAGGCACGGCCGAUCGCUGGGAGCCCUUUGCCCCCAUCCCUUCCCGUGUUCUUUCCCUUCCCUCCACCUGAAGAUAAGGCCUCCAGUCCUCCAUGUCCUCAGGGUCCCUUGUGAGGGCUUCCGGAAGGGGAGGUGGGCCUGACAAGGCCCUAAUGCACAGUGCCUGGACUCUGCUGAGGCAAAGGGGGCGAUUCUUGGUGGGCACAGGAACAUCCGUGUGGUUGGUAUGUGGCUCCUCUUCUUGAGCUCACAGUAGAAAACAGACCACGGGUGGUGGUCCAGACAGGAGGGAGAUGGGACUUCUCUCCAACACACUUCCCUUGUCCAAGUCGCCUGCACAGAUAGCUAGCUAGCUAGAUUGCCGUUGCCAGUCACCGAAGGCCACCGUUCUAGACUUCUGUCUGUGUCCAGAGUAAUGUUGCAGACAUAGCGGGGGAGCUACCCUGGGCUGCCUUUGAUUUCCCGUAGGUAGGAGGACAGCGUUUCUGCAGGCGGGCAUUUCUCCCACCCCUCCGUCUCCUCUCCUGACCACACAGCAGAACCCAGCAGACCUGACCCGGAAGCCUGUAGGCAUCUCAGUCAAGCAGCCCUGCCGCCGUGUCAGUGAGUUCCUGGGCAUUGCCUGUGGGGGGAGUGUGCAUCCAGCAGCUUCCUUCUUCCUCCUCUCCCAUUAGUAGGUUCUCUGUGUCAUGGGCAGGGCCUCCCCAGUGUCCUGCAGGCACUCCCUCCCACCCCCACCCUCUGGAAGAGCCCCAAUGAAGCUGCUGUCGGGUCUUCCACAAGUACACGUGGCGUGCUUGUGAUGUGCUGGGUGGGGGAGGCCGUGGUCGGCUCACUCUCAAGCCGCCUCCACCCACACAUCUGUGGCUUGUUGUCACUCUGGGUUCUGGAGGCAACGUGGCUUCGUGUUCCCAUAGUUUGCUGCAGGUUUCCAGUGUUACCUGUAGGCCGUGCCUUGUGUGUGGUGCUACCAGCCUAGUAGCCAGACCUUGACUUAGACCUUGUUUUCUGUAGGACAGGUUUUGUUCGGUGAUGGGAGUUAGUAAAAUCUUUUCUGUUAAACCCUACAAGAAGCCUAAGUAAGAAUGGCAUCUCUCUAGCCUGGGCUUUGCUCAUGUUUUGGGGGCUGGGGAGGAACUGUAGGGUACACUAGCUUCCCUGGGAUAAUGAAGUCAUAGCAGGGUCAAGCCUUUGGCAGGUUGACACGAACCACAUUGCUGGAGCUGGAAUAAUUCCCCUACCCCAGUGACCCAGCUGGGCUGGCUUUUCUUAAAUCGGCCAUGUUAGCUACGUUUUUCAGCUUUGUGUACUCCUGUUGCAAGUGCCUAGGCUUGAGCGAUGGCCCUGCCAGAUGCCUCCGAGUUUGAGAGGCCGCCCCAGCACCAUCCGCUGAGAGCAGGCGAAAAGAUGCUAAUCUACCUCAGCACCUGCUGCCUGACAUCCCUGGCCGGCAUCCGGGCAUGGGGAGGCCAGCAGACGGCAGCAGUAGGAGCAUCGUGCUGGUGGAUGGAGGCCGCCCUAUUGCCGAUUCCCCUCCUUGGGGUUUUGGUUACUUUGCCAUCCACACGGAGAGCUGCAUGGUUGCUAAGUUACGUGUGCUCCUUCCAAAGGGAAGUGGUGGUUCUGGAGGAAAGGGGAGCAGGCUGGGCCAGGAGGGGCACCGAUUGCUUCCCUUUCUUGUCGAUUCUAACCCUUUGCAAGCCUGGGCCACCAGGCCCAAGCGGACGCUGAGAACCUUCUCUGUUCCCAUCCCAAAGCAGCCCUUACCAGCGUUUAAGAAACCCAGCUAGCCACCUUCACAGGUGCUUCUCCUGACCGGGGCUGAAAACUCCUGAGGCCCAGCCAUGUUCCCAAGGGCUGAUUGUGUGUUUUUGGGACCUUCUUCCUCCAUGCCUUUGACCUUUCUGCUGAGCAAUGCGUGAGGGGUGGGGCAGAGAGUGCUCCCCAUGGAUGCUUUAAUUAGAGUGACUUGCCAGGGCCCUGGUGGCUGGGGAACCUCCCAUGUGUUCCGAGGCCUGGGGUGAGAGGCGGGAGGGUGGCCUGGGUGUAACUGCCUCCUGUGCUCUGAGGCCUGGGCCUGACAGCAGCAGACUUCAGUCUGCUCCCCUGCUGCUCCGUCCUCAUCGAUGGGGAGAGGACUGGCUGCCCACGCCUCAGACAGCCGGGGUCACUUCCUUCCCCUCCCCUGCCUUCCCAGCUACAGCCUGUCUCCUACCAGAGAAUCAGCUCCUUGUCACACCACCUGAGUAGACUUCCUCUCUGGCCCAUGGCUGGUCCCAGUGAGGGAGGCCUUGCCGCCUUCUCUCUUUGCUUCUUGCAUGGGUAUUAACUCCAGCUCCCAGAAGGCUGGGAAAGACCAACCUCCCCCCUCCACCCCAUGCCCCCAGCUUCCUCACCUCCCACCUCUCAGUCUUUGAUGGAGAGGCACUGGGACUUGUAAGCUCCCUGCAGCGUUUUUGUCCUGAGCAGAUCCCUUUUCUCUUUGUGUCCUAAGUGCCUUACUUUGCUGUGUGGCUUUCACUCGUACUGUGUAAGGCCAAUCCCCACUGCCAGGGCACUAAGGGCUGUUUGUCGUACGCAGCCAAAGACACCGUACCUCAGUGCAGUUCAAUAGAAAAGGGACAUGGAUCGACGGUUUCGCCUCAUUUGUUCCACCCAUACCCCCACUGCUGUAGGGUCUGGAGUGUUCUCUGCUUUAUGUCUAGUGUCUCCCUUGUGUGUCCCCUUUUGGCCCUGCUGGGUGACCGUAGAAGCCUGUGAGGGCUCAACCACAGGCACCUGUGCCCUGCACCCCCUGAGGGAAACUUGGAGACUCCCAGGUUCCCUUCCCGGCCCUGCUCUUCCAGGCCCCUUGUACUCUAGACGAAAAACAAAAGGCACUCUUGCUAUAACCUCUUUUCCAUCUAUUUCACUGCCCAUUCAACCCAAAGUUUAUAUGAAAAAGGUGUUUACUUUGACUUCCCAGUCUCAAGUGUUAACUCAUAGAUAACCCAUUGGACAGUGGUCUGGUCUGGCUGUUGUACACUGUUCUUGGCCCUUCUUCAGUGUUACCUGUGUGAGCAGCAGCCAACCUGUCCUCUGCCCCUGCCUGCCUGCCUGCCUUUUCCUUGCUCUUCCGGGUUGUGCAAUAACUCUCCCAGCCAGUGGUCUUGUCCACAGGCCUUAUUGUCCCUUACAAUGCCCCGUCAGUGGGGAAGAGAUGGGACUCAGAGGAGGGGUAGUCGUCAUCCCUUACAGAAGAAAUGUCAGCCACUUUCUCUGUUGCUGUCAUUCUCCUGUUCCUGGGCGGUUUCUAUGGCGCUCCUGUAGAACAUGUAGCAUCAUCUUACAAGUCCAUUUACUUAUUUUACAAUCUGUUGAAAAACAACCCAUCCUCGUGAUGGGACAGAAGUUAGCAUCUGGGAACCAGAUAUGAUGAAUAUCCUCUCGUGGCUGGCAUCACCGUCCCCAUGCCUAAAAGCAUUCCAGAGUUCGUCAUUUGCUUGAAGAGGAAGAUUUUUUUCUGAGAGUCCACCGCAGGUGGAUAGCCCUGCUCACCUGGGAGGGUCUGGCUGCGAUGUGACGUGCCACCAUUUCCUUGGGUACAGAUUCCAGUGUUUAUGUGCUGAGACGAUAAACCUCAUUUUUCAGUUCCUCUGUUUCAUAAACACCUGAAGGAUGAGCUGAGGCUGCUGGUGCCCUGAGCAACUUGUAAUGCAAAUAUGGAUGUAUUGUCUCUUUGUUUUUCUACUUUAGUCUGUUCAUGUUAUGGACCAAAUUUCAACAAGGAACUCAAGGAAAAUUUGUACCUUCGGUAUUUAUGCUUUCAUGUAAAAGGGUUCGGGGGGAGGGGUGUCUGUUUACUUUUGGUGGACUUUUUUCAAAAACCCUUUUCCACUGUUUCUGUCUGGUUUUAAAACAAAUGACAGUUUUGUACGGAUUUUUUAAUGUACAUUUUGAAACAAAUGAUCAAAUAUUUUCUGAAAUAACGGAAUAAAAGGCAUAGAAUUAUCAGUCUAA